GGUCUAUGCGAAAGUGAAACUUGCAAAAGUAGGAAGUGAGAGCAGGGCGCCGGAGCUGCUGAAAUGGCGACGGGACAGGAGCUGGAAAACCUGAAGAAUGAGUCGAUGUGCUCGAUCUGCCUGGAUUUCUACCGGGAGCCGGUCACGGUGGAGUGCGAGCACAUCUUCUGCCGCGCCUGCAUCCUCCAGCACUGGGAGGCCGAGGAGCUUCGGGGCGCCUCCUGCCCGCAGUGCCGGCGGCAGCUCGGCCAGCCGACGUUCAAGGCCAGCCGCCUGGCCGCCAGCAUGGUGGCCAGUGUGCGGGGGCUGCUGGAGGGCCGCAGGCAGCAGGAAGGGGGCGGCGCCCAGUGCCCCGAGCACGAGGAGAAGCUCAAGCUGUACUGCGAGGACGACCAGAGAGCCAUCUGCCUGGUGUGCGCCAUGUCCAGGGUUCAUAAAGACCACACCGUCAGACCCAUAAAGGAAGCAGCUGAGCUCUACAAGGAAAAGCUACAGGGAGAGAUGGAUUCUCUACUGAAACAACUUGAAGAAAUACAGGUUGUAAUGGGUGAAGACACGGAGAACCUAAAGAGGCUGAAGAAACGAGCGAGCAGCGUGCGGUCAAGAAUUGAGGUUCAGUUUGACGAAAUGCAGCAGUUCCUGAGCAACGAGAAGCUCGCUCUGAUGACAAAGCUGGAAGAGAAGGAAAAAGCCAUAACGCAGAAGAUAGAAGAAAACAUGAAGGAAUUGUCAGACAAAAGCUCAUCAUUUAACCAGGAGAUAACUGAUAUACAGCAGAGACUGUCCGUGCAAGAUGUGGAUUUAUUGCUGCAGAAUCCCACCCCCAUUGUUGAAAGAUCAGGCGGCGAAUCUGGAAAUGCAUGUAGUGUUUCUGUUGAUCUGACCCUGGAAGAGUUCUGUGGCCCUCUACAGCACAUAAUUUGGAAUCAGAUGUUCAAGGUUCUCAACCCAGCUCCAGCUGCUUUGACACUCGAUGAAGGAAUGGUAAACAGAAGCCUCUGCCUGCUCAAUAUGAUGAUGUAUCACAGUAGGCAUUAUAUUUUUAACGACAUGUUGGAUUUCGAAUGGCCAAGCAUCCUGGGGCCUGAGGGAUUCACAUCAGGAAGACACUAUUGGAAAGUGGCAUUGGUAAAUAACACAAGCUGGUGCUUGGGUGUGGCUUAUCAGUCCGUGCCUGGGAAGGACAACUCUAAACAGGAACCUGCUACUGGGUUUUGGGCUAUUAUGGGUCAACUGUUCGACGGACACUGUGAAGCUAUGUCCUCGCCUCCUACACUUCUGCCUCUGAAAGCGGGAUUAAAGGAAGUUGGUGUUUACCUGGAUUACGAGGAAGGACAAGUGUCAUUUUACAACGCUGAUGACAUGUCUCACCUGUACACGUUCACUGACACAUUCACUGAGAAACUGCACCCUUACUUGAGCACCAGUGGGAAGAAAGCACGGAGAGGUAAGAUGUAGCUCUCACCAAGACCCCAAAGACACGGAAAGGUUCUUAUUUUAAAUAGUUGCCCGAAUCUUCCGAAGCCCAGGGCAGUGGAAUCUGGAUUUAAAUCGGUGUUGUACAUCAGGACCAUGCAGACAUCCCGACACACUCGCGCGCGCGCUGUGAUUUCCCGAGAGGUUUAAACUUUCAGUGGGUUUACUUGCGCUGCCACAGGCAAUACCCACAUGCUUCUGACCCUGAGCUCAGGGUUGGCGGAUUUACCUGGAUACUCACCCCUGGAAAUGUUCCACAGUUUAAUCCCUGGUGUAAUUCAAAGAUUAAUCAGUGUAAAUGAACUGAGAACCACAACUGGAUCCAACUCAAACCUCUACUCCCCUGUCCUGAUGAGCCAUGUGACCCGACUCGAAUAUCCACCCGACCCAACUAUCCCACUGACCCAAAUCAGCUUGACUGCCUCCCCGACUCGACCUGAUCUGACUACCCACCCACCCACUCACCCACCCACUCAUUGAAAGACUUGUGACCUUUAAAAUCUUACCUGAAUGUGGCAGCUAAUGCCGUAAAACGUCCUCCCCUUAGUCCGUCGUCUCCUGCGCUCGCCGGUCUUGCCCUGGAGAGUCUGCGCUGGUCUAUCUCCUGCUGCAGCUGGAAUCCAAAGUCCUGGCUGAAAACGCGCAAUAUAGGGCAGGGUCCGCCUCGGCCGCGCUGGGGAAGGGAAAUUCCGGCCAUAAUCACAGCCCCGAAAACUUCACGGGCGUUGGCGAUGUGGCCAGCAUUGCCGCCUUUGAAGACCUGGGCCCCUUAUGUUCAGAUCGUGGCAAAUGCUUUCAGGGUCGGAAUGUUAAGAAAAGACUUGGCUUUUAUCUGACUCGGGACUUUUUGAAAUGCAGCCACUGUUGUAAAUGUAGGAAACGCGACAAAUUUAAUGUUGUGCAAAGCAACCUGGCAGCCAACAACGGCUUGAUAGUGACCAGAUAACCUGGGGCAGGAUUUUUAGCUUGGCGCGCAGGCGUGCGCCCGACCCGCUCGAGCAUAAAAUAGCGCGCGGGCGCGUGCACGUGCACCCUGACCUCAUCCUGCGCUCGGGAGAUAUUUUGGUCAGCGGGCACGUGCGUAAGUCGGAAGCGCGCCAGCCGACAACCAAGAGGGCAAUUAAGCCCAUUGAAGUUCCACUUGUCCCCGAUUAUUUUUCCUGGUCCGUCCGCCCUUGGGGUUGGCGGACGGGUAAAUCCGCCAGGACAGUCUUUGCAUUUUUGAUGAAAUUUCAUCCAAGGGGGGUUUCCGUUACUAAUUUUUUUUUUAAAAUGGUCUGAAUUUUCACCAUCGAGAUGUUCAGGUGACUGAUUCUGACCCGUGGACGUGUUUUUUCUGGAUGUUAACGUCUUUAUUGUUUGCUUUUAAAUUCCUCAGCUCCCUGAGGCACCUUUCUGCCCUCGGGGAGCUUUCGUUCCGUGCCCGCCAGCGCUUGCAUCUGCGCCCACCCUCUUCCCGCCCUCACCCCGGCAGUGCCAUGCAUUUCAGCCCACGUUUCAAGCUGGCUGGGCAUUAAUUGGCCACUCCCGCGCCGAUCGAGCCCACCCACCUAACUAAAAUUCUUGCCCCUCUUCUAUUUUUUUUAAACAUGACGUUGGUUGGGAGCUAAAUAUAUGCUAGGGCACCAUGAAGAACUCUCCUAAUAGGUAUAAGAACAUGUCGUCAGACCCCAUCGGAGUUUGCAAUGGGGACUCACUGACACUGCUCGCUCUCUUUCAUAAAGCAGGAGCCCUGUGGCAUUCCCCGAGGAUUCACAUGGUAGAAAUUGGGGGAGAGAGAGAGAGAGAGAGAGGAUGGGGAGGGAGAAUGUGUGGGUACACAAAAUGAGGAGAGAAUGAUUGCAUUAGGGAACUCUCAAAAUAAUAUUCCUCCGCAUGUUUUAGUUAAUGUAAAUACCAAGUAUAAUAAGAUCUUUUCAGGCUGUUAAGAGCAGAGGGUGGCAUGAAGAGUGGGGUCUUCCAUUUGAAAUAUUUCCCAAUCAUAUGUUACUUUCAUGUGUGUUUUUUUCUCAGAUGUAUUAACUAAUUUGCAAAUUGAUUCAUGGGAAAUCUUCAAGGCUUGUAAUUGAACUGCUAUCUUUGAUUAUUCUUGAAUAAACAACAUUUAUGGGAAAAU